GGUUGUUUACAUCCCGACAUAGAAAGCUGAAGGCUCCCUUGCGGCAUGUCGACGGCGCAAGAGACCAGUGCUGAAGAGGAGGACCUGAGCCGGUUGUUCGGGUCUCUGAGGGACUCCUACUGGGACGCCCUCCAGGCACUGCACGAGGCAGAGGACGAGGAGCAGUUGAAGCUGCAAUUGCUGCACACAUGGGUAGCUGACCUGCUGGCGCAGAAUGCCUCGCUGGUGGACGCUGUGGAUGAGCUGGAGGAGCGAGCUAUAGCGCAGCAGCUGGCCGGACUGAUACACAGGUUUCUGUACGACGACUCGGGCUCAGAGGAACAGCCAGAAACAGAUGAAGUGCCCGAAGCAACGAGCCAUGAUCCAGAAGACGCUACAUGUGGCCCAGAACAACCAGAUCUCGAUGGAAGGCCCCAGCCACAGAACAGGACGGACUCACGUAUUUCCAAGUGCAAAGAGAAGCCUAGCGAUGGUGGUGACUGGGAAUCUACAGCUUCUGAACUCAAAGAAAAAGUGAGGAAACUCAAAAAGUCUCUAACUGAAGAUAAAGAGACUCUUUCCGAGGAUAAAAAGGUGGCAGGGUGCAGUCUCCCGGAGACACAAGACUCUAGGAACCCCACUACGGAACCCGAGACAGCAGAACCGGAAGCUGCAACAGAGCAACCAGGUGACGACUCCGAGACCGGUGCUCCUCUGCCGUCUCAACUCAGAAGAGAAGUGAGUCACUGCAAUAAAGAUCUAUCCGAAGGCAAAGAUACUAUUGUCAGCAAUCAAACGGAAACCUUGCAGCUGGCAGAAAACUUGCUAGAAAAUAAUAACAUAAAGCUAGCAGCAACAGAUGAUGAACUGGACCAAAACCAUUCCCCAGAAGAGCAGGUCCCGGGAGUUAGCAGUAGUGAUGAGGAGCGGACACGCUUGGAAGAGAUGCAGACGGGAGUGGCAGAGAGGGAGAGAGAGCUACGAGAAGAGCAGUUACGACUGGAACAGGCCAACCGCACAAAGGCCAUGCUAAAACAACAACUGAAGGAUGUGGAGAUGUCCAUCGCCCAAUACGAGUCUCACAAUGCGGAGGAGCAGCACAGCUCUAACGUUGAACCAUCAACACUACCAGUUCAAGACCUCCUGCACUCUGAAAACCAGUCCAUGCAGGAUAGUCCUCACAAGAAGAUCUCUUCGCAGGACAACAUAGAAAGUGACAAGAAUGUGCAAAACAUACACAUCGAGGAAAACGAUCCCAGUGACAAAUCUCUGGAGUCAUCUCAAGUGAGGACUGAGACUGAGCAGCUCAUGGAGUCUGAACAAGCCAAUGAUGAUCAUCUACAACCAGAUCAUGGAAUUGAGCAACCUACACAUUCUGAUUAUACCAGUAGCUUAACUUCGCAACCGACUGCUGAAACCGAGCAGCUCAUCGAGUCUGAACAAGCUAUGAACAAGCUUCCACAAUCAGACAGAGCCAAUAACAAUUCCUCAGAAUCGGACCAUACUAUCAACAAGCCUUCGGAAACAGGUCAUACCAAUAACAAUUCUCCGGAAUUAAGAACUUCCAAAAAAUCCUCACAACUGAGCCACGAGAGUACGAAUCCUUCGACGCAAAACCGUGGCAGUAAAAGGUCUUUGCUUCCACGCCAUAUCAACGAGAAGCUCAUACGGCCGGAGAGUACCACAAACCAGUCCUCCCCACUCCACCGUGCUGGCAAAGAGUCAUCGCCUCCUGGUAGUGCCAAUGAUAGGCGCUCGCAGAUUGGCAGAGCCAGGUCACGGUUGCCGCGACCCAGUCUUGUAGCUGGCAGUAGGGAGACUGCGCCGGCGAGUCCACCUAGCAACACUACGUCGAACCUAAACUGAAAGUGACACUAAACACCUGAAGGAAAAGUUAGGUUAACAGCAGAUUAUAUGCUUAACUUAACUAUUUUCAGAGUAUCUUGCAGUAUAAUUUAUUAUAUAUAUAUUUAAUUGUAGGACCUACACAUAUUACAUGAUAAACUGUGUGGAAGUCAAUUACUAACUGAACAUGUCUUUGAAUAUUGUGUUCUUUUGUAACAGUGUUUUUUGGCAGCAUUAAAUAUGAAGACUAAAACUAA